AUGGAGGGCACCGCGCCGCUCACCUCGCCUGGCGACCGCCAUUCCCCUCCGCCCCCCCGCUCCCCUCCCCUCCCGCCUUCGGGUGCGAUCGGAGCGCUCGGCCCGGUUCGGCCGCUUUCGGGCGGAUUCGGGCACUGCCCGUUCGGGCGUCUCCGUUCGGGCCGGCGAAGGGGAAUUCGGGCGCGAUCGGAGAGGACUCGGCACAGCUCGGCUUUCCUCGCGCCCGCCUCAGCCGCCUUCGGGCGGGAUCGGAAAAGACUCGAGCGAGCUCGGGAUUCUUCGACCCUCUGGGCCGGACCGCUCGGGGACUCGGCCCUGUUCGGGCGGGCUCGGCUUCCCCCACCCGAUCUGUCAGGUAUCGCUUCGGGCCGUGCUUCUACGGACUCGGCCGGGCUCGGCUGCGUCCUGCCUUGGGAUUGGCCAGCCGGCAGGAAACGCGGGCCCCGCUCCUCGGGAACCAUCGCUCGCCUUCGGACGAGGCCUGGAAAGACUCGGGACACUUCGGGCACCAUCGGAAGCGAAGUCACCACAGUGACAGUAGCCAACGUUGGUGCCUCCGCAGACAAUGUUUUCACUACAUCUGUGGCAAACGCAGCUUCGAUUUCAGGACAUGUGUUGUCUGGGAGAACGGCCCUCCAAAUCGGGGACAGCUUGAAUCCUGAAAAAGCCACUCUCAUAGUGGUUCACACAGACGGCAGCAUUGUAGAAACCACAGGGUUGAAGGGACCACCAGCACCUCUCACACCAGGACCGCAAUCUCCUCCUACCCCCUUAACAUCCGUCCAAGAAAAAACUGGAACCAAGUAUAACUGGGACCCAUCUGUGUUCGAGAACGAGCUCCCGGUGAGGUGCCGGAAUAUCAGUGGCAUUCUGUAUAAAAACAGACUUGGCUCAGGAGGCCGUGGUAGGUGCAUUAAGCAAGGGGACAACUGGUACAGCCCCACUGAAUUUGAAGCUAGGGCGGGACGAGCCAGCAGCAAAGACUGGAAGAGGAGCAUCCGCUAUGCCGGGAGGCCGCUGCAGUGCCUUAUCCACGAUGGGAUUUUAAAUCCUCACGCUGCCUCUUGCACUUGUGCUGCUUGCUGCGACGACAUGACUCUGAGCGGCCCUGUACGACUCUUUGUACCAUAUAAAAGGCGGAAAAAAGAAAACGAAAUGCCUGCAACUCCAGUGAAGAAGGAUUGCCCCAAAAACAUCACUCUGCUUCCUGCCACAGCUGCUACUACAUUCACCGUGACUCCUUCUGGACAGAUCACUACCUCCGGCGCUCUGACGUUUGACCGUGCAUCGACAGUGGAAGCCACAGCGAUUAUCUCGGAAAGUCCGUCCCAGGGUGAUGUUUUCACUGGAGCCACAGUUCAAGAUACCAACGUCCAGCAGCCUUGCCGGGUCACUCACCCAGAGCCUCACUAUCCCAGUUACCAGGACAACUGUCAGAUUUCACCUUUUCCCGAAGCCGCACUGCCAACAUCUCACCCCAAGAUCGUGUUAACCUCUCUCCCUGCCCUGGCGGUGCCCCCCACGACCCCUACCAAAGCCAUAUCUCCUUCGGUGGUGAAUGGGCUGGAAGUGACGGAGCAGCGGAGCUGGCUGUACUUGGAGGAGAUGGUCAAUUCGUUGCUCAACACCGCCCAGCAGCUGAAGACGCUCAUUGAGCAGGCCAAACAGGCCAGCUCCUCCUUCCGCGAGGCUGCCGUCACGCAAGCGAAAAUUCAAGCUGACGUGGAGAGGAAAGAGCAAUAUCAGAACCAGUUAUUUCAACAAACAGAAGAUGUGGACGGGAAAACAGAAAUCAUCAUCAAGCAGUCCUGCGUCAACUGCGGUCGUGAGGCAACGAACGAGUGCACAGGAUGCCAUAAAGUCAACUACUGCUCCACGUUCUGCCAGCGGAAGGACUGGAAGGACCACCAGCAUAUCUGCGGCCAGUCGGCCACCGUCACGGUGCAAGCCGACGAGGUGCACGUCACGGACAGCGUCAUGGAGAAAGUCACCGUCUGA